AUGGCCUCGGCGGGGACCCCGCAGCGGCGGCUCCCCGGGGCGGAGCGGCCGGCGGCGGCGGCGGCGGGGGGCCGAGCGGAGGCGCCGCGGUGCCGCAGUCUGCCCGCGCUCGGCUCCCCCCUGGCGGCCGGGGGGGGCGGCGGCGGCGGCCCGCCGAGCCCCGCCGCGGGACCGGCUCCCGAGGCCGAGCGGGGCGAGGGUGCCGCCGCCGAGGGUGCCCGGCCCCCCGCCGCCGCCUGUGGCAGCGGGAGCUUCCCCUGGAAGACGGAGGGCAGCCGUCCGACGGCGUCCGGCCGAGGGGUAUCCCUGCGCCCCCCUUUGCUGCUGCCGCCGCCGCCGCCGGCGCUGCUGCUGGCGGGCCCCCCGGGCAGAGCGUGCCUGCGGGCAGUGCUGGCGGAUUCGCGCUUCUUCCUGGUGUGCAUGUGCUUCCUGACCUUCAUCCAGUCCCUCAUGGUCUCCGGCUACUUGAGCAGCGUCAUCACCACCAUCGAGCGGAGAUACAGCCUCAAGAGCUCGGAGUCGGGGCUGCUGGUCAGCUGCUUCGACAUCGGGAGCCUGGUGGUGGUGGUCUUCAUCAGCUACUUCGGGGGUCGCGGGCGGAGGCCGCUCUGGCUGGCCGUAGGGGGGCUUUUCAUCGCCCUGGGCGCUGCGCUCUUCUCCUUACCUCACUUCAUCUCUCCGCCGUACCAGAUCCAGGAACUGAACUCCUCCGUCAGUAACGAGGGCUUGUGCGUGGCUGGCAAUGGCACUGCCAAAGAGCAGUGGGACUCGUCGGCCUGCAUCAAGGACACCGGCGGAAAUGACCACUCUCUCUAUGUAGCUUUAUUCAUUUGUGCCCAAAUCCUCAUUGGCAUGGGCUCGACACCCAUCUAUACCUUGGGACCAACCUACUUAGAUGACAAUGUCAAGAAAGAAAAUGCCUCGCUUUACCUAGCCAUCAUGUAUGUAAUGGGAGCACUUGGACCUGCAGCUGGAUACUUACUAGGAGGACUUCUUAUUGGUUUCUAUGUUGAUCCUAGGACGACCGUGUACAUCGACCAGAGUGAUCCCCGAUUCAUUGGAAACUGGUGGAGUGGAUUUCUCCUUUGUGCCAUUGCAAUGCUCCUUGUGAUAUUUCCCAUGUUUACCUUUCCGAAAAAGCUCCCUCCUCGACAUAAAAAAAAGAAAAAGAAGAUGAACUCUGAUGAUGUUUCAAGUGAUGAUGAUGUGAUGAAAGAGAAAACAAGUAGCAAAACAGAAACAGACAGUUCAGUUUCUGCUUCUAUGGGAUUUGGAGAGAAUGUUAAAGAGCUUCCAAGAGCAGCUGUCAGGAUCUUAAGCAACAUGACAUUCCUUUUUGUGAGUUUGUCAUACACAGCUGAGAGUGCCAUUGUCACAGCUUUUAUUACCUUCAUUCCCAAGUUCAUCGAGUCACAGUUUGGCAUCCCAGCUUCCAAUGCCAGCAUCUACACUGGUGUGAUUAUUGUCCCAAGUGCUGGUGUUGGUAUUGUCCUAGGCGGCUACAUUAUAAAAAAGCUGAAACUCGGUGCGAGAGAGUCUGCAAAGUUGGCUAUGAUCUGCAGUGGUGUAUCUCUGCUCUGCUUUUCAACACUCUUCAUUGUUGGAUGUGAAAGCAUUAAUCUAGGGGGAAUAAAUAUACCUUACACAACUGGUCCCACUCUUGCCAUGGCCCACAGGAAUCUGACUGGAAGCUGUAAUGUUAACUGUGGAUGUAAGAUUCAUGAGUACAAGCCUGUCUGUGGAUCAGAUGGAAUAACAUAUUUUAAUCCUUGCCUAGCUGGCUGCAUCAGUGGUGGAAACCACAGCACAGGGGUCAGAAAUUACACAGAAUGUGCCUGUGUGCAGAGUCGCCAGGUGAUCACUCCGCCGACAGUGGGCCAGCGCAGUCAGCUCCGGCUGGUGAUUGUCAAAACCUACCUGAAUGAGAACGGCUACGCUGUGUCUGGGAAGUGUGAUCGAACCUGCAACACGCUCAUCCCAUUCCUCAUAUUUCUCUUCAUUGUAACCCUUAUAACAGCAUGUGCCCAGCCAUCAGCAGUCAUAGUGACACUCAGGUCUGUGGAAGAUGGGGAGCGGCCCUUUGCACUAGGAAUGCAGUUUGUUUUAUUAAGAACCCUCGCUUAUAUUCCCACUCCAAUUUAUUUUGGGGCUGUUAUUGACACCACGUGCAUGCUUUGGCAACAGGAUUGUGGCGUACAAGGAUCUUGUUGGGAAUACGAUGUCACCUCGUUUCGUUUUGUCUACUUUGGGUUGGCAGCUGCUCUCAAGUUCGUGGGAUUCUUUUUUAUUUUCCUGGCCUGGUAUUCCAUAAAGUGUAAAGAAGAACAACUGCAGAGACAGAGUUGGAGGGCUUCUCCGGUGAACACUGUGAGUGAGAUGGUUGGACAAGCUGGACCCCAACAAAACUAUGCACGGACUAGAUCCUGCCCUACCUUCAGUUCCCAAGGAGACAUCGGUGUGGCACAAGGAAUGAACUGCUUAGCACAGACCUACCCCGGCCCUUUUUCGGAAGCAAUAAAUUCCUCAAAUGAAAAUGCAUUGGAAGAAGUCACUGUUGAGAUAUAGACCCCUGGCUUGGUAAUGUAAUAUUUAGUUUUGUUGGUUGGCUUAGUUACGGCGCCUUGUUAAACACCUGUGCCUUCUAUUUUUAAUCUAAAUGUAACACGUGAUAAAACCAACAAAGCUUGAUGCGAACAACCAUAAUAUGUUCCGGAGGGCUGGAUACCUCAAACCAACCCGAGUUCUUAUUUCUCCCCUCUCAACAAUGGAGUUUUAAAAAUUGUGUUUGUCAUUAUUUCAGAUGUGUGCAUUAAAUGUCCAUGCUCUGAUCUAAUAUCAUUGUAAAGUUGAGGCGUUAAGAACAGCAGAAGUCAGUGGACGAGUGACAAAACCUCAUAUUGUUGGUGUCUAGACUCAAAAAAAUGCUUAAAUGUAUUGUCAACUUCAUAUCCACAAAUUGUAUUUUUAAUAGAUGAAUAAUUACUGUGAGUUCUGCUACAAAGCACAACUGAACUUAUUUAAACUAUGCAAUUUAUUUGGAUAAUUGUAUGUGCAGCAAAUUAAGUUUAAAGCUUGCUUUUAAAGACAUUACUGCAACUGAAUUUGAAAGGGGCUAUUUUCAGGCGUAAUCAUUAAAUUAAAAAAUAACAUAAGGUUUAAAGUACUGUUAGUAACGUGUCAAGCCAUACAAGAGUUACGCAUCAGGUAACGUUUGCAAAUGUUGAGUUGUAACAUCUUUAUCCUGUCAAAAUGUGCAUUAGUUUUCAUAAUUGGGAUGUAGUCAUUCUUCACAAAGUAUAUAGGAUACUGUAACGCUUGAAGUAAAAAACUUCAGUAUUGGUUUAUAGUAACAUUAAGAUGGAGGAAUCAUACACACAUACCAGAGCAGAUAUGUGCAUAUUUCUGCAAUGUUAUUUGGGUGGCUGUUACUGGCACCAAAUCCAUACUUUCCUGAGGAAGAAAACAGCUGGUUAUAGCUUGAUAGGAAGUUUGGCUGUCCUUCAGAGCUGUGUGCCAGUCUAGUUCAGCUUCAGUGGGAGAGUCCCGAGGGAGAGCUGACGGCCUCUCCGGUGUCUGGGAGCUGGCGGGCCCCUCGCAGCCAGCGGCAGCGGAGCUCAGGCUGCAGGAGUGAGCCGAGGAGCCCCUCCAGGGGGCUGUGAGCAGCCUGCCCACCGCGGUGCCAGCUGGGAGGCUCUCCCUGGCACCCCGAGGCACUGAGCACCCUGACAGCUGGGCAGCUGGGAAGGGAGGGCUGGCUCAGACCCUCUGAUUUCUGCCACACGUCUGCCUCUCUAGCUGCCCAGUGCUGGGCAGGCUGGUGGGACAGGCCUGGAGCUCCUGGUUGUGUGGUUUGUCCCACACGUCUGCCUUUCCUUUUCUCAGCUUCAGUGAAAGCUCCUGUGAAGGCAAAGGGUGAGUUUGUCUCUUCUUCGGCCCUCCAGGUGAAGAGCUAAGAAUAGAAAUUACUGGCAAGUGUGGACUCACAGGACGUGAUGUGGCCUUUGUUUAUUCCAAAUUACUGUAGUGUGUUCUCUCCCUGGGAAAUGCUGAGACUUUCUAAUCAAAUGUGCUUGGCAUUUCAUUUCUUGCGCUGGAGGCUUUGUAGUGCCAUGCUCAUGAAGUACUAAUGAUGUCUCAAAGGGUAGAAAAUUAUAUCAGUUGGACACGGGGAAGUCAAGGCUGUACUGUGCCCUGCAGGGGAAGUCUUAGAAGUGUAGGAAAUUAAAAAGCAGUCUUUUAAGAGGACUCAGUCUGGCUUGGAUUUUGCUGAGUAGAGAAUUUGUUUGAAAAUAAAUAGGAAAGCACAGGGAUUCCACAUAUUUUUGAAUGGAAUUAGUCCUGAUAUAAUUUUUCAAUUUAGAACAUGUGUGUUGAUCAAAUAUUAUAUGGAACCACGUCCUUGAAAAUAAAGGCAGUACUCUCGUUGGCAUCCACUGAGUUGUCCUGGGAAGGGAUUUCCCUCUCUGCCUUUGCCAAAUGACUUUUGUCCUCACCUGGAUCCUCUUGACCAGCUCAUGGGACUACCCAUGGGGCUGCUUAUUUCAGAAUGACUCAGUCCAUUUAUGUAGUUCGUAACAAUUCUUACUCUUCUUGUCUGAAAACUCCGAUUCUUCUACCCCAAACACAGAGGAAUAUUGUUUUGAUCUCUUCCUACCAUUCUGUCCAUAUUCACAGCUUUUUUGCGUUGAGCCCGACAAUGGCUUUUCCUCUUAUGCAGCCACCAGAUACAAAGUGUCUUCAGCUGGCAGGCCCUUCCUGAGAUAAUGGCUUCUACACUUGUCCUGAGAAAUAAAUUUCCUUGGCUCAAAGGUGUUUGAGAGAUAUAUAUAUAUACAUAUAUAUAUAUAUAUAUAUAUAUAUCAGAAUAGAUGAUAAAGAUGUUCCUUUUGUUUCAGUCUCAAAUAUUUGUUGCACCAAGAAUUGUCUACCAUGGCAAAAAUUGGUAAAGUAGUAGGACAGAGUGUAACUGCAGCCCAGCACUUGUCCACUUUUAUCACUUCCCCGUUUUAAUCAUCACAGGGAGAAGUGAAGAGUGACAAUCUUUUCAAAUACCUCAGAAACAGAGCAUUUAGGGAAUUGUAAAAGACUGAAGAUUAAUAGUCUAUCCUGAUCUCUUAUAUUUCAUGCCUUGUAUGCUUCUGUUCCAUACGAAAACAAGGGAGAGCAGAUUAGGACUGUCAGGAACUAAUGGCACUGAUGCCAAAGAAUGAGAGUGAUAAAGGUAAUACUGCAGCUGCUGCUGUUUCUGAGCUUUCAAGGGAUUUUGGAGCUUGUUGCAAUGGACACCAUCCAUUUUUUAGGAUAUCCUGACCCUUCAACUUCCAAGAGCAUUAAUAUUUCCUAAAUGUCUGGAAAAGUGGAGUGUAGAAAGAAAGAUGUUAACUUUGGAAAUGCUGAAAAAGCCUUUUAUACAUACUUUCAAUUUUAAUUUUUAAUUAGAAAUAAUUUUUUUUUUCUUGGAGAAUUAUAUGCAAAACAAAAUGUAAUUCCUUACAUUUCAAACAAUUUUUUUUUUCUGGUUCUGGGUGUAGAUAAUUUUGGCAAUGCAAAUAAAUUUCUGUAAAAUCAAUUUAGUCAGCCUCCUCCUCUGAAAGAAAACCCAAACUCUGGCCAGUUUUUGAUUGAUUCCUGCAAGAGGGUUUCUCAUGAGUAAUCUGUAACAGUCUAAACUAAGCCAAUAAAGGUAUGCAGGGGAAACACACUCACUUCCUAGAAAUGUCAGUUCCUGCAUUGUGAUUGACCGGUGUAUGGACUGAGAGCUGCUGAACAAACACUGUGUUCUGAGGCUGUCAUUGCUGGAGGAAGCAGAAUCGCCAGACAUUGAGUGCAGCCCUAGCACCCCUCGUCAUGGUCGACACAAGGUGCUAAACUGACUUCACAGGAACUAAAAAAGAGCUUUGCCUGUCAUCCGGUGAAGGGGCCCAUGCUGUCUUCCUACUGUGAGAUCCUCUCACCGUAGAACAUCAAAUUCCAUUAAGUUGUAAUUUUUGCCACCUUCCCUCUCUAUCCAUGAAAAGUUUGGUAGCGGUGAAUUCAAGAAAAGGUGAAGCAGGUGUCCUGCUCACCCACAGGCUGCUGUGGGUUGCAAACCCAACCUGCCUGCAGCUUACCAGCCAGUGAUAACAUGGAGCAGCGACAUCUGGUGAUGGUCAAAGUGCCACCAUGCCCUCAUAGGACAGACUAACUCCCUCUUCCACCACUUAGGCCUGAUUUAGAGUGAGGAACAUGAGAGGAGAAAUAGCCCAAAUAUAUGGACUUGAGUGAACUUGAGGUUAAUUGUCCCUGCUUAGCUUCCCAUUCACCCUUGUUUCCUGAAAGAGAAGAAAACUUCAGAAUGGAUGCAGCCAUGCCCUUGGCUGCUUAUGAAUGCAGCACCCUCAGGAGAUAAUUUGUAGAUCUUUGCAGGGCUGGAAUAGUGUGGAGAGUAGGACUCUCCAUAUUUCCAGUUUUAGUCAAAAGCCCUCUGGCUUUGGUCCCCUGCUUCCCCUUGGGCAUACUGGAUAAAAUGUGGUAUAAUUUGGAACCAAUGAUGUUUUGUAGCCUUUCAGUACAGUGUGAGCAGCUGCAAGGAACCUGGAAUAUUAUUUGGAAACUCAGUUCUUUGACCAGCCUAUAUAUCUUUAAAAGUGUGUGUAGUAACAUACAGUUCUUCAGAAUUUACUGCUAUGUAAGUGAAGUAGAGGCACAAACCUCCUACUAGGUAUUAGAAAUGUACAUUUGAAAGGUCCUAAAUUAUUUACAAACACUUAAAUAUAGUGUUUUCAAAAAUAUGGGGGGGCAGAUUAUAUUAUUAAUUUGUAGUAUUAGGUAUUAAUUCAUUAUGGCUCUGAUUCAGCAGAACACUUAAAUAUGUGGGUAAAUUUAUAUAUUUAAGUAGUGCACUUGUAAGUAAUACACAUAUGUAAGGAUGGAACUGAAUCCUGUCUGCAUUCAAAAAGAAAUUCCUUUGUCCAAAGAGUAUUUCUAUGAUGAGCGUUUCCCCCGUGGAGUCGGUGAUAAUUGUAAACCAGAAUAGCACAAAGUAACACUUGAGUACUCUCCUGUGGCAUUCAGGUGUGGCAGCCUAGAUAUCUGGCAAUGGAGGAAGGCUGUGAUUUUCAAAUAGAAUUCAAAUUCAAAAUAUUUUGUGAGAAUAGUCUAAGAUUAGUUCUCGCUCUUCCUGCCAUUCGCUUAUUUUUGUCUGAAAUUUCUGUCUGAAAAGCUGUGUGUUACAUGGGGAGAUAGAUUAAAUAAAGGCAUCUUUCUGACCUUAGAGCCAAUGAAAUUGCUCAGGUAAUGCUGUAGACUCGAAUUGUGUCCUUUCACAGGAUUUGGACCUAGAAGUUCAGGUGACAAAUUGGCAGUGUCCCGCACAAAACGGAGCAGAGCACUGCCUGCUCACUGGAACUUCAGAGAGCAUGGCUGGGAAAGGGGUCAGCACCUUCUGCACUGUUCUUAGUGAGUUUUCCCCCAAAAAUGCCUAAAUAAUUGCUGCCUUACUACACUUCUGUGCAGGUGAUACCACAGCUCUUCAUGGUGUUAUGUUGACAUAAAACUGAUGAUAAAUAGGUCCAAAGUGUCUUACUGCUGUUUUGGAGCCGGAUUCUUGGCCUCACUAGUCCAGUGUUGAGGCUGAAGAACCUAGGCCAUACCUUAUGUUGGAAGUUAACAUGCUGGUGCUUUAGCAAGUGUGUGUGAACUGGGGAAUAAUAUCAAGCUUAUUUAGCUUUUAUACUCUGUUCACUGGUUGUUACUACUGUUUUUGGAGAUCAAAGACAAAAAGCUUCCUAAACAAGUUAAUCUUUUUCUGUUUUCUCAAUAAUGUGUUGUUUACAGUGGCUUAGGAGAUGCCGUGCUGCAUGCUUCAGAAUCUGGGUUCCCCCAGCUGAAGCCAUCCAGCUGUGGUUGCUUUGCAGGGGCUAAAAACACCUGGUAACAGAGAUUGACCAGGACUGCGACCUGCAUCGUCAUUGCUUUGGACAGAGUGUUUGCUACUUACAGAUUAAACCUGUAAGCAAAACACUUCAGGUUCUUCACAUACUGGACUUGAUUCUUUGGAUGUUUUCAUCACUUCAGAGUGCUUAGAAAAUGGGCAGUCAACAUCAUGGUGGUAGAUUAUUCUUUGGUAGGGAAUGAGGGCUUUAUUCUUUUUUCUUUUAACAUUUUGUUUGACAAAUAACAAUUCAAAAGGAUUGCAUGUAAACGUUGUCACAGAGUAGGGAUGUGGAGCCUUCAGUGUGAGGACAGGGUAUGGUCAGGGUUCACAUGAUUUGUCUCCUUUACACUGGGUAUCACUAAUAACAUGCUGCUUUGUGGCCAAAGGUUUGAAAGGCUACCUGAUCCUCAGGAAAGAAUUUUUUCCUGUAUUUUCCUCAUAAUUUAUUGCAUAAAUUGAGGAAAGUUAACACUAUGCAUGCCCCGUAGCCGUAUCUGUUACAUUAAACUGCAGGUUUUUACUAACUGCAGUUAAUAGUUUUAGCAGUUACCCCUCCAGUCCUUCAGUUCAGCUAACUAUUUUUAUUUUUAUUAAUAUAGCCUGUUAAACACAGACUUAGCUCUCCAAUUUCAAAGUAGCUCCAAAGUUUUCUUGACUUCAGGUGUUACAGAUUAGAUGCUUAUUUAUCCAGGUUCCAUUCUACUCUUCUAAUUAUUGCAUUAUCCAUUGUGUGCUGUAUUUUUUUUAUUUUCUCAAUCUCAAACGUUGUCACCAUGUUAUCCUGUACCAAUGUUUUGUUCAUUAUAUAGAAUAGGUGAAAAGCUGUGGAAUUAAUGAAGGGCUACAAAAAGCAUCCAAAAUGUUGUUCACCUUGAGGAAGGGUGAGACAGCUUGAUAAUCUCUGGACAAAAGACUAAACAACACUGUGGUGCUAAUAGGUACUGAAGUAUUUUAUGAUAUAUUCACUAUGACUUAAAUGACAUAUUCAAGGCAUGUCAAUGAUGCAACUGCAUGUGUUCCUGUUCCUAAAGUCUGGACUGCUCUGACAAAGACAGUGUUUGUAAUUCCUGGUGGGCCAAUUCCUACCUAGCUCUUCUGUGGGAAAGUAAUUUCAGGAGUCUGUGUAGGAUUUGGCCCAGCACUGUUAGGUAAAGUAAAAGCUACACAGACCACAGAAGUCUAGUGUAGAAUGUAUUCAGUCUGCUGUAGCAUGUUACUUUAUUUAGUCGCUUUGCUUAAGCAGGGGCUAAAAAUACAUUCUGAUAAGCAACACUGGGAUAAAUUCUGGAACCACUAAACCAAGCAAUAUUAGCAAGCGUUUGAAUUAAAAUGAGGAUUGAGAUCUGAAAUAUGAAUGUUCUUUCAUGGAAUAUCAGAAAGAGAGGGAUAGAAUAAGAGCAAAUUCUAUCUCUAGGAAUGGAAAAAGGCCAAAUCUGAUUGACUUUAAAGUGAGCUAUGAUUUCCAAAAAGAGGUUUUAAAAUCUUGGAGACAAAAUUUCCUUUUUGAAUUCUGAACCAUGAUUUUUUUUAUUAUUUUUUUUUUUUCCUUGUGUUAUUGUGCCUGGGCUGCUCGUGCAGGGCGGGUGUCUGUAUUCUAAAUAGCACUGAAAACACUAAUAGCACUAAUCACACUUCUGACCAACAGGCCAGAAAUUUUGCGUCUGUAGAAAACUCCAUAUUCGAAAACUUGGAGGGAAAUUUCCUAACAAAACAAAACAAAAAAUAUGUACAAAAUGAUCCAAAGCUGAGUUUCAGUAAGAAAAGAAGAAAAUUUUGCCUCAGUGGGAUCCACAAUUGAGUGGAGGCUUUGCUGAAAGAAGACCUGCUCUUUUCACCAGCUGAGCACAUGGGAGUUUGGCCCCUGGCUGCAAUGCAUACCUCUACCAAAUGAUUUGUGCAGAACAGCAACAGUCUGGGUGGUAUUGUAGGAGCAUGGAGUGGGCACACUGCCUGUAACUGUUUAGUUUUUAAAAAACUCAUUAUUAAACAAAUGUGUAGAGUAUUAAGGAAAUUUGUAGAGUAUGUCUGAUGGUAUGAGUGUGUGGGUGCUGUGCUGUGGUAAAAAGAGAAUAAUUGGUUUACGCUGGGUAUUUUUGCAUACUUUAGGCUCUUGUAUGGUUUUUUUAAAAAUUUAUAUUUAUUUCUCAGCAGAGCUUAGAGUAAUUUUAAAGUUAUAUAACCCAUGAUUUAAUGAAACCUACUGUCAGCAUCUGUUGUAAACAAGUGUUUA